CGAAUUUAUUAGAUAGUGAUCACUAUCAACAUAUUCUAAAAUGUAUCGAAUUUAGUUAUCGACUAAGUGAUUCUGUAAACGCCUCUAUCGAUAGUUUGCGCUUACAAAUUUCGUUACCAACAAGUCGAUAGGAAAUCAUCACCUAAUGAUCAUUUUCUGGGAGUUUAUAAAUUGUAUCCAAUCACAGUGCGAGAAGUAUUCUUAUCAUGAUUCUUUAUCACAGGAAAUUACAUUUAAUUUUAGUUCGUAUUUUCGUUUAAACUUUAAAUUAAUACGAAAAACGAAUUUGUUACUUCACACUCGUAAUUUGUUCCGUGUACUUUUUAUUUAAAAAAAAAACUGAAUAUAUGUGAUUGUUAUACUUGUCUACCUGUUAUACCUGUUAAUUGUUAUACCUGUCUACCUGUCUAUACCUGUUAUACUUGAUUCUAAAUAUGAAGAGGAUAGCUACUCAAUCAAUAUCUCAAAAUGAUGAGCAAGAGAUUAAUCAAAAAAAGUCAAGACAAGGCAGAAGAAAUGAUAAACAAUUAACUUUUAUGGUAGACUACAUGGUACAACACCCUCAUGUCGCCACUGGUAAAUUUAGAACAAUUAACGGAAAAAAUGACCUCGAAGGCUCGUGGGAUGAGUUGAUGCAACACCUUAAUAACCUUCGGAAUCCUGGUGUAAAAGAAAAAAAUACAAAAUCCUGGAAAGAGUCUUGGAGAGAUUUGAAGACCAAGGUCUCAAAAAAGGCAUCAGUGUUAAGGAACUCAAGAAGACAAACCGGAAAUAAACAUAUUCAAUUCAACGAAUUGACUGAGAUGGACAAUAAAGUUUUAGGUAUAGUAGGGUUUGAUUAUGUUGAGGGGACGACAUGCCCAGAUUCAUGGCCAGAAGAACUGGAUAAUGAUGUUGAACAGUUGGCAAACGGUGAUAUUAGUAUAUUGAAUAUAGUACCUACUCCACUAACCAUAAGGCCAAACCAUGAUGAACAUAAUAUGAAUGAUGCAAAUGAUUUAAAUUCAUAUACUGUGGAAAUCUUAGACAACAUCCUGGAGGUAUCACAACAGAUGUCACCGACUUGUGAGUCAGUGCCACAGAUCGCAGUACCUGACUUUUGCACUUCAUUUACACCAGACAAUUCAUUGGCUACACAACCUCUAUUUUCAAAUAUUACUACUGCCACUAAUUCCAAAAAGAAAAAAUGUGAUGUCAAACUUAACACACAAUUUUCCAAUGCGCGUGAAAUAUUCACUAAUCUUGCCAAAACAAGCAACCAACAAAUUGAGCUGUUAACAAAUUCUUUAAGCAUGAUAGCUGAAAGCAACAUACAAAUGGCUGCUGCAAUCACUAAAAUGGCUGAAAACGACGAAAAAAGACUCUUAGUAGAUGAGCAACUUGUAAAUUUAUUAUCUGCUACAAUUUCAAAAUUAAAUUAAA